UCCACUAAAACACCAUCAUUUAAAAGCAGGAGCUGUUCCAGCAAUAUUUAAAAGGAACGAUUUGUUGAGAGAGAGAAGUCCUCCCAAGUUUCAGAAAUGUAUCAAUGAUAUAAUGUUAGAUCAUUGUUACGCAACAAAAAGAAUAUCUGAAUGUUUACAAAAUGUCGAUCGAUUUGACAUCAGUGUUGCAAAAUCAGCAGAAAGAUCAAAGGACGAUAUUGACAGUAGAAUGCAAGAGGAAACGUCCUGUAAUGUGAUUUCGUCUAUUAAAACAGAGACGACAGACUGUGACAAAGAUGCAGCUCAAAAAAAGGGGGUACUUGAAGAAAACCCUCAAGACAUUUGUAAAGUCGAAGCCGAAAAUAAUUUCAACUAUGCUAUUGACGUGGAUUCUAGUUGUCCUCUGACUACAAAUAAAAUUGAGUGCAGUAGGGUUGUCGAUGACNUUCUUUUACUCAUAGGCCUUGGUCUACGUGAGCCCACUUUGAAGAAGGUCGCGCUCUAUAUUUUCGUUGCAGCGGGCGUCGUUGGUCAUAUAAGGAAAUAG